CUUACAUUAUCGACGACUCCAUCAAAUACAUCUCAACAUCACCACACUAUCACGCGCAGCCAUCAUGGCAGGGAUUGUACCCAUCAUGCCUUUUCUCAGACCAUUGGCUCCUCCCCGACCGUCAACAGUCCGACAAUUCCUCCAAUAUUCUACAACAGCGGCACGGUGCUCGAUUCAACAAACAGAAUCAUUUCGAUCACCCCGAAGCACAAGUCCUGCUAGACCGAGAUCACAAAGGCCUCUGCAAGAUCGCAAUCUGCUCGCGUCUCGCAAAGCGGAUGUUAGUUAUCCGCCUCCAAGUUUCGUCUCCGACCCUCGUCCCAAAAUCUCUCGUGCAUCUCGCCGGUCGAGUAAAGCAUUCAAAGACCGCUCCUACCUCAAAACCGCCGCCGAAGCUCCCGGCUACGGAACUCGACCACCGCUCAACCCUUUGCCCGUGGAAUUCCUGCCAGAAGAGCAGAGCGCACCCAACCUACCUUACUUCGUCACCCGCACGCGCGCCCACGAGCUGCCGAUUUACGAGGAUGCGAAGCGCGGUGGAAACCUUUUCCUCACGUAUGUGAAAAAGGUGGAUGGAGAUCUGACCGCGCUACGGGAUGUGUUGAGGGAGAAACUAAGCUUGGAUGAAAAACAUGUCAUCAUCAAUGCUCGGACGCGACAUGUUAUCAUCAAGGGGCAUUACAAACAAGAAGUCAUCCAAUAUCUGCGGGAGCGGAGGUUUUAAAUGAUGGGCGCUCAACAGGAGAGGAAAUGCUCACACCUAUUUUAAGGGAAUUGGUCAGAUGGAGGACUGGGCGUUGGGCAAGAUGUAUUAUGGUCCGGGAAGAGAGUUUGUAUUCUACUGUACAAAAUUGUCGAGCCAUACUUUGACUGCUCGAUCUCGUGAAAGUUGUAUGUACUUGUCAGUGAGUAUCAUGUCGAAUCUGUUACAAUAUGUUUGUCAGCACGCCCAUUUUUGACGACAUGCUGAGGAAUUUUACUACGGGAGUCAAGGCAAUACCAUCGCCGC